CGAUAUCUAUGAGAAGGCGACUCUGCUCAGGCUCACUUCCGGCAUGGAGACUCAGUGAACGCACUGAUAAAAGGCUAGCGUAAUUUUUUUUUUCCGGUACUCAUGCUAGCAAGCGCUUCUUUAAGCCACCCCCGUUUUAAUCUUUUUUUUUUUUUUUUUUUUUUUUAAAGAAACACAGUGUGAAGCGUUAACUUUUUUUCCAAAUGAAUAUAAUAAGCACGAAACGAGCCGCGUUCAAGAUGACUGGAGUCAUGGGCUGUAUUAUCCUUCCUCAAAAUGGAGUCGUGGAGCGACCCGUGCACUACGGCUCGGGAGAGUCCUCCCCGCUGGUCGCCAUGGGCUCCGCUAAGGACUCCCACAACGGCAACGCGGCGUCCAACGACGCCCCGAAGAGGCCCAAGAUCCUCGGCUACGCGUCGAAAAUGAUCCAGGGCGCGGACGACCACGACGGCGGCUCGCUGCCGUGCACCCCGGAGCCGGACAGCGAGAUCGACGUGUCGGACUCCCAGGCGGGCGCCGAGGUGCUGGAGAACGACACGAGGCAGCUCAUGGGCCGCUUCCUGGGAGACUUUACCGGACUUUCGAAAUCCCAGUGGCACGAAAGCAGAGAGCUGAGCACGAUGAAGAGGGUCGUGAAAGACGUUUUGGAGAAGCAUAGAUACGCGUACAAUGGCAUGAUCAACAAAUUGUCAUUGGACGACAGAAGUGACGAUGCCAGUUUCGUCAGAGAGGUAGCCAAGAGCCUCUUCGCGGACGGGACCACGAACUGGGGCCGGAUUGUCAGCCUGGUGGCCUUCGGGGCCGUGGUGUGUCAGUACCUGAAGGAGAAGAACCGGGGGAACUGUGUGGAGCUGGUGGGACAGGAGAUCUCCACGUACCUGCUGUCUGACCAGAGGGACUGGCUGGUCAAGAACAAUGCAUGGGAGGGCUUUGUGGAGUUCUUUCGGGUAGUGGACCCAGAGUCCACAGUGAGGAACACACUCAUGGCCGUCGCUGGAUUUGCCAGCAUCGGGGCGACACUGGCCCUGUUGAUCAGGUGAAUUCUGUUUUGGACACUCAAGAGACUUAUUUUCACGUGGUGGACGAGUCCCUUGAACGACCUUUGCUCCACAUUGAAAUUGGACUUUGAUGGACAUAAACCCGCCGAUGAGCCGGUUCCUUUCAUCCUUUCUCGGGCUCCCUGCCACCACCCCCCACCCCACCCCCCGACCCCCCCACCAGCUGCAAAUAAGUACACCAUCUUUGCUGUUGACAGAAAAAUGGACGGACUUUUGCCCACUGCGGUCGACGUGCAAACAAUUAGGGUUUAUUUAAUGACAGAAAUUUAUUUUUCUAAUAAAUGUUUAAAAAAAGAAAGAAGAAAUUGUGUUUAUAUAUGCAAAUUAAAAAACGGUAAGGGCCAGUCAGGUGACCUGAUUUUUGCUUAAUUUUCACCUCCAUUAUGUUUACCAGUUCAUGAUAAUAUCAUAGUUCCAUGGCUGUGAUGGUGUGUUUUUCUAAGUAAGGCCAAAGCGGGAAGGGAAAGCUGCUUCCCCCCCCCCCAUAUAAUGCGAAAUGAAACCCAUUUCCAUAAGAGUCCAUUCAUAACCUCAACCUGAGGGAAGGAGUGUUGUGUGGGGGGGUGAUUUGCAUUCUAGGUGCAGCGCUACUUCCUUGUUAUGAAAAUGUUGGAUCUGCACUAGGAAACGCGGCCGCAUGAGGACUUUUAAAAAAAAAAAAAAAUGUUUGGGGCUGAACGACAGCCUGGAAAGUUUGAGUCUGUUGGGAGGAAAAUGAUCACGGACUGAGUGUUGGGGAAGACCCGGAUUGUGCUGGUCGAGUGCACCACAGCUGACCGUAGUUUGUUGAAGAGAAGGGGGGGGGGGGGUAUUGUUCCUCCAGACAAUGAUAAAUGGCACAGAUCUGGUUGUAAGCUUACAAAAGCUGUAUAGAUUGACACAAUAAAAAAAAAAAAACACGUUACUAUUUA